UCCCUUCGCGGUGAUUUUCCUGUCCCGGACAAGCGGCUAGGGCGUGAGUCUGGUGUCCACCCUGCGACCAAGUAAGAAGAAAAAUUUGAGGCUCAAAAGAAUAGACAAUGUUGACAAAAAAGCGCCACGAAGAGACAUCAGUCUAGCCUGAAGCAAUGAUGCACAUCUGUAAUGGCAGAACUCAGUGACAGAAGUCUGAAUUGCGCAGCCAUUUUCUUAAAACUCUACAUUUUGGAGCAGAAAUGAAUAAUGCCAUGCUUCCUCUAUUCCCUGGUAACUACACAGACUGCCAAGUGGAGUCAGUGGGGACUGUGAUUUCAGCUAGGGCUGAGGACCAGCAUCUGUUUAACUUGCAUUGGUAGAUGUUUACUGAGGUGAAAGAAGCAUGGAAUGUAUAUAUGGUAGCCACCAUGAUCGCUACGUGUUCUCGUUGUAGAAGCAGACCUGGAGUUGGUGUGGCUGUGGGUCACUCUGCUGGAACUUGGAACAACAGUGGAGCAGAGUUCGGUUUUGAGGUGGAUUUGGGUGACUUUCUACCUGGUCAUCUAUAAGCAUUUGCAAGUGAAGAUACAGCACAACCCUGGGUCUUGGAUUAUUUCUAGUAGAGAGGACAGAGCAAUUGCACCAGACAUCCUCUUAAGCCUCAAAGUUUUGUCCCUCCUUGCCACAUUCUUCACCUUCAAAAAUAGAGGGCCUUUGGGAAAUAGAUUUCCGAAAGUUCAGCGAGUACACCCAUUUUCAGGGGGAAGAUUUGGUCAUCUGUAUGGCAGUGAGGGCUUGGAUUCAAUUAGAUGAAUAGAUCUGUCUACAUAUUCUCAGAAUGAAAUGUGGCAAAAGUACCAGCUUUCUUGACAGACUGAAAUGUGGCUGCAUAUCAUUCCGUUAGCUGAAUCGGAGGAGGCAAAGACAAGAAAGUUAAUUAUGCAUGUUGUCUUUCUGUCGUGCUGAAAGAAAACAGCUAUGUGGGCCAGCCAUGAGAGGGUACCUUGUGGCUAUAUUCCUGAGUGCUGUCUUCCUCUAUUACGUGUUACACUGUAUAUUAUGGGGAACAAAUGUUUAUUGGGUACCACCUGUGGAAAUGAAGCGGAGAAAUAAGAUCCAGCCUUGUUUAUCAAAGCCAGCUUUUGCCCCCCUACUGAGGUUUCGUCAGUUUCACCCUUUUCUGUGUACAACUGAUUUUAAAAAGAUUGCUUCCAUUUAUGGUAGCGAUAAGUUUGAUUUGCCCUAUGGGAUAAGAACAUCAGCGGACUAUUUUCGACUUGCUCUUUCAAAACUUCAGAGUUGUGAUCUCUUUGAUGAGUUUGACAAUGAACCAUGUAAAAAAUGUGUGGUGGUUGGUAAUGGAGGAGUUUUGAAGAAUAAGACAUUAGGAGAAAAAAUUGACUCCUAUGAUGUAAUAAUAAGAAUGAAUAAUGGUCCUGUUUUAGGACAUGAAGAGGAAGUUGGGAGAAGGACAACCUUCCGACUUUUUUAUCCAGAAUCUGUUUUUUCAGAUCCCAGUUACAACGAUCCAAAUACUACGGCGAUACUCACUGUUUUUAAGCCACUUGACUUAAAGUGGCUGGUGGAAUUGUUGACUGGUGGCAAAAUAAAUACUAAUGGUUUUUGGAAGAAACCAGCCUUAAACUUGAUCUAUAAACCCCAUCAAAUCAGAAUAUUAGAUCCUUUCAUUAUCAGGACAGCAGCUUAUGAUCUGCUUCAUUUUCCAAAAGUGUUUCCCAAAAAUCAGAAACCCAAACACCCAACAACAGGAAUUAUUGCCAUCACAUUGGCAUUCCAUAUAUGCCAUGAAGUUCACUUAGCUGGUUUUAAAUACAACUUUUCUGACCUCAAGAGUCCUUUGCAUUACUAUGGGAAUUCCACCAUGUCUUUGAUGAAUAAGAAUGCAUAUCACAAUGUGACUGCAGAACAGCUCUUUUUGAAGGACAUUAUAGAAAAAAACUUUGUAAUCAACUUGACACAAGAUUGACCCUACAGACUCAGAAGAUUAUGCUAACAGUAUUAGUUUUAUUUUUAUAUUGCAAUUUUUAGUUUAUUUUAAAAUAUUUUGGAUGAACUUGUCAUAUAAUUAUGUAUAUUGUCUGUUGCUGCCUGGUGAUUCAUAACCACCAGCUUAAUUUCUGUGAAUAUAUUUAUGAAAACCAAGAAAUGUUUAGUUAUCAGGGCAAUAAAUUUUGAUUGUAUUGUGUUUUUAAAAUAAGCUAGGUUUUUGAGGUGUUUUAAAACAUCUUAUUUCAUCCUAGACUUUUCAAAGAAUGUGAUUUCCUAAGCAAGGAGAGUUAAUUCAUCACAAUUUUGAUUAUGAUGUGACAUUUGGGGAGGUAUAUUUAGUUAAUGUAAAAGAAGCAGGUGGGAAGGUGGCAUAUGAUUAUGCCUUGAUAUAGCAAACUGUAACCACUUGGCUGGGGAAGUCAUAC